AUGGCUCCUGAGAAGGAACACAAUGGUCUGGACAACUAUGCCUUCACUGGGGUGGAACGCUUCUGUGAGCUUCCCGAUGGUGAAGGCCGCCAGGCAAAGGAUCUGUCAGAAGAGGAUGACCGAAAUAGACUGGCAUACUGCGUCACAGAUGUCCCGCCCUGGUACCUGUGCAUCAUUCUGGGCAUUCAGCACUGCCUUACGGCGUUCGGUGGCAUCAUCGCCAUCCCGCUCAUCCUGUCCCAGGGACUGUGUCUGCAGCAUGAUUCCCUCACCCAAAGCCACCUCAUCAGCACCAUCUUCUUUGUGUCGGGACUCUGCACCCUGCUGCAGGUCACUUUUGGCGUCAGGCUGCCCAUUCUUCAGGGAGGGACAUUUACCUUCCUCUCCCCGUCCCUGGCUUUACUAUCCAUGCCAGAGUGGACGUGUCCAGCCUGGACCCAGAAUGCCUCUCUGGUGAACACAUCUUCGUCUGAGUUUGUUGAAGUAUGGCAGAGCCGCAUAAGGGAGCUGCAGGGUUCUAUCAUGGUAGCUUCCUGUUUCCAGAUCCUGGUAGGCUUCUCGGGGCUCAUCGGCUUCUUCAUGCGGUUCAUUGGACCCCUGACCAUCGCUCCCACCAUCUCGUUGAUCGGGUUGUCACUCUUUGAAUCGGCUGGAGCCAAUGCCGGAAACCACUGGGCCAUCGCUGCCAUGACGACAACCUUGAUUGUCAUGUUUUCACAAUACCUCCGACGCAUCACGAUUCCUGUCCCCACCUACAGCAAGGCCAAACGAUUCCACACUUCUCGGGUGUACAUUUUCCAGAUUCUUCCUGUGCUCCUUGGCAUCACACUCUCCUGGCUCAUAUGCUACCUUCUUACUGUGUAUGAAGUGCUGCCGUCGGACCCAAGCAAAUACGGCUUCCUGGCCCGUACUGACAUUAAAGGAGAUGUGGUCGGACAGGCCCCCUGGUUCAGGUUCCCCUACCCCGGCCAAUGGGGUGUACCAACUGUGAGUUUGGCAGGGGUGUUUGGGAUCCUGGCUGGCGUGAUCUCCUCCAUGGUGGAGUCAAUAGGCGACUACCACGCAUGUGCCCGGUUGUCGGGCGCCCCUCCUCCACCCAGGCAUGCCAUCAACCGAGGUGUGGGCAUGGAGGGAGUGGGCUGCCUGCUGGCUGGAGCGUGGGGCACAGGAAAUGGGACCACGUCCUACAGUGAGAAUGUAGGGGCACUGGGCAUCACAAAGGUGGGGAGUCGGAUGGUGAUUGUGGCCAGCGGGGUCCUGAUGGUCAUCAUGGGGGUCUUCGGAAAGAUAGGCGCUAUUUUCACCACAAUACCCAGUCCAGUUGUUGGUGGCAUGUUUUUGGUCAUGUUUGGGGUCAUAUCUGCUGCUGGAGUUUCCAAUCUGCAGUAUGCAGACAUGAACUCCUCCAGAAACAUCUUUAUCUUUGGAUUUUCUAUGUUCACUGGCUUGGUAGUUCCUAACUGGAUUUUUAAGAACCCCUCUGCCAUAGCAACAGGUGUCGUGGAAGUUGACCAGGUGCUUCAUGUGCUGUUGACCACCAGCAUGUUUGUGGGGGGGUUCCUUGGGUUUCUGCUCGACAACACGAUUCCAGGGUCCAAACGUGAACGAGGCAUCGUAGCAUGGAAUGAAGCCCACCAUGAAGAUUUGGAUGACACUCUGGAGAGCGGCGAGGUCUAUGACCUUCCCUUUGGUCUGAGCUCUCUCUCUUCCUCCUCCUCCUCCUGCAUGUGGCGCAUGCCCGUCUGUCCCCCCAUAAGGCCCAGGGCACCGACGGAACCCCAAAAGGACUCUUUGGAGAGCAGGGAAGGGGCUGGAAAAGCUAAUGCCACACAGAUCAUUGUGGGAGUGGCAUUGUGAAUGCCUAGAGGUCACUGAGAUGCCUUGGACAUCAUAACCUGAAUUAAAGACUUCAGUGAUUCUGUAUGUCAUACAUCUCCCUGUUUUUGCUAUUUUAUAGUUGUGCCACAUGUUUUUUCUCUCUUAACUUUAUUAUUUUCGGCAUCUGUAUGUCCUUAAAUG